AUUCAUAAGAAUUUUUAAAUACCAAGGUACAUAUGUAUGUAUUAACUUUUUGCACAGAACAAAAAGCAGAAUGCCAUUUAUGAGGCAUGGUCCGGUAUUCAUAUGUACAUACAUAAAAUUCGGUUAUUAAUUUUGUGCCUCCAGGAAAUGUAUGUCACAUGCAAAAUGAGGUAUCUCCGACCCUAUGAAGUAUUUAACAUAUUUACCAAAUGUGCCAAAUAUUUGGUACAUACAAUAAUAAAUAUAAUUUUUAUGAUACUUGAAAAAUGGGAAACUUAUAGAAAUUGCUUUGGCUGACAAUUUGGUAUAUUUUACUCUAUGGUGUACUUUAAGUAUAGUACUAUAUUAAUAAACCAAAUAAAGCCUGAAAGGGUAUAUUUUAGUAUAUCUGCAUUAUUUUGGUAUUUUUUAAAAAUUAGCCUGGCCUGUUUUGCUUUUAUUAACAAUGCGUUGCGGAUAUCUCACAAUCGAGCAGACUCGAUGGUAGUUUUAUUAUUUGUUUUUGUCGAAUAGGGUACUCAAUAUUCGUAAAAAUUGUCACAGGCCCAAAACAAUAUUAAAAGAGCAUAGAUUUAGAUAUGGUAGCAAGUACAGCAAUAAAUGCCCCACAUUUGGAUCUUGGGGCAACUCGGCAAUGUAUGUAUGGCAACAUUUCCCAUGCCUGCGCGCAAUCCAUAUCUGAAAAAUUAAAAAAAAGAAUUAGAAUGCAUAUUGUUGCGCAGUUUGGUUUUAAUUACAUUCAUUUGGCUAAAAGCCCGGUCGACUUCGGCAUUGGAUCAGGCCGUUUUCGAGAAAAUUCAAUUUUUGUGAUUAUUGCCAAACUAAUAUUACCAUGGUGGCAACACAUGUUACGGCCGAAAGUUGGGCCACCCUUUAUGAACUUGGUGGCAACUCUGGAACAUAACUAUAUACUCAGCAGAACUGGAGGUGUCGAUUGGCCACAGGAUAAUUGUAUUUUGUUGGCACUGUGGCAACUCUGUCAUCCACCUAUUGCCCAUAUGCUGGCAACACCAAACGAUCAGCUGCAAACACAAGAGGAUUAGUUGGGCAACCCGCGAAUGGAUCGCAGCCAACUUCAUGGCGAAGCCAUUUAAUUUUGUGCUUUCAAUUUCAUCAGACAUAUACGUUUAUAAUAUUCAAUAAAGCUAAGUUAAAAUACAACGGCGUUUCCAUUAAAUCUCCCACACUAAUGAAGACGCCAAAGUGGUGACCCCGACUGCAAAAACACAACUACAAUUUACGUUCAGUGGAAUGCCAAGCUCAUGACACUGAAGACGCAUUUUUUGGCGCAAACAUGCAGGCACACGAUCAAAACCUCGCAGAACAACUGCGGGAUCUGAAACAGCAACUCGAGCAACUGCAGACACAUGGCCAACCAGCUGGAUUCUCAUCGCAAUGCGUGCAACUUCGCAUUCCGAAAUUCAACAAAACAAAUCCUCAGCUUUGGUUCUCUAUUUCAUCUAUUCAUUCUAUAUCUAUAUCUAUACAUUCAACAAAUUGGCCUGGACCGGCGUCUACACAUCAAAGAUCGCUUGUCAAACCAAUCAUUCCUCAUUGAUUCCGGAUCAGUGGUGUCAGUGAUCCCACGCAGCAUGGCACCGCACACACGCAUCAACGGCAGACUUUAUCUGUAUGCCGCCAAUCAAUCUACAAUCAAAACCUACGGAAAUUGUACUCUUCAGCUCGACCUGGCCCUGCAUCGCUCGUUCACAUGGCCAUUCAUCACCGCUGAUAUACAAACACCUAUAAUCGGCGCAGACUUCCUUGCCGCACAUCAUCUCCUCGUCGACGUCAGUGAACAACGAUUGCUUGACAACUCAAAGUCAACUCACCAUGGCACCACUGACCCGUCACACGACUUACAAAAAUCUCUGGAACUCAAGUCACCGAAUUUGUCAGCUGAUGUGCAAAAGAUCGACAAAAUGGUUUCUCUCGAGCAAGUACAUGCACACAACGUUUGUCACUUCAUUAAAACAAGCGGCGCACCUGUAGCUGAGCGACCUAGACGAUUAUCUGGCGAGAAACUUGCUUCAGCCAAAUCGCAAGUCAAUACGCUCAUUGAUAAGGGAAUUUGCCGUUACUCCAAAAGCCCAUGGGCCAGUCCCUUGCACAUGGUGGCUAAAAAGGAUGGAUCUUGGCGCGCUUGUGGCGAUUACCGCCAGCUGAAUGGAAUUACGGUUCCAGACCGUUAUCCGAUUCCACACAUUCAGGAUUUUGCUGAUCGCCUUCACAAUAAGAAAAUUUUCACAACGCUUGAUCUCGAAAAGGCUUACUACCAAAUUCCAAUGGCGCAGGAGGACAUAGAGAAGACGGCUAUUUGCACUCCAUUUUUUAUUUGGACGUUGACGUACUAACGGCAGUACCAUCAAGUGGCCCAGCGAUACCAAGCACGGGCUUGUUGACGCGCGGACAAAACAAAAUAAAUUUGUAAACAGCAUGCAUUAAACGAAAACCGCGAAUAAAUAUUAAAAGACGCUGGACAGCUAAUUUAAUAAGAUUAAAAAUAUGUUAGAAUAAAUGUAUAAUAAAAUAAAUAACAAUUAACAAUUAAAUACUCGAUAAAUAAGCUAAUAAUAAGGUUUUAAGCAAAGGAAUAGAUUUACUAGAGCAAACUACGUUAUUGAGAUUAUUAUAGUUCACACACAGAAUACGGAAGGGAUUAUGGCAAGCAAAGUUAGUCGAUCUACGUGAAAUGAGAAGUGGAAGAAAAUUCCUAGUGAUCCUGACAGGAACUGCAAAACUAAUUUGACUUAACAGCUCCAA